CUGCGUGCGUAUCUGAGUUGAGUGCGUAGGGCUGGCCAACUCACCCCCUCAGUGUGAUGUGGCCACCGGCCUUCAUAGCUAUGCGCCAACAGCACUUGCCACCACCCCCCACCGGAAAUUCUGUUCCGACGAUACGGGGCUAUCUUUGUGGGGUCUUUUGGUGUGCGUGCGUCUCUUCUUGAUUGCGCGUAAGGGUGUGCGUUGCUGUGCCUCCGUAUGGGCUAGCGGAGACUUGGCGCUGAACGGGGCGUGCAAGAAACACGGGGCGGGGAAGAGAAAGAGUGAGAGAGCGAGAGAGCGUGCGAGAGAGAGAGAGAGCGUGCGAGCGUGGAGGGAGGAGAGGCAGGGAGAGAGAGGUGUUGCUAGAUGCCUGGGAAUCAGUGGCACACACACUCGCUCGCAGAUCGGCAACGCGCGCAGUGAGAGAAGGCUGGGCGCGGUCCUCAAGUGCCAAGCGAUAUUCCGGGUUCGAUUCGCGUUGUCUGCGCGUCCCUGCCGUUUAAUGUAAUCGCAUAGCCCGCGACCAUUAACGCAGCUACGACAAAGCCAAGUGAAGGUAAACAACAAGAGAAGAAGAAUCAUUGUCACCGCUCCUGCAACAAGAAGCGCCUCGAGAAAGAUAAACAGCAAACAACCUGCCCAGAUAUCGAGGGAACGAUGCCUUAAUUAUGCCGACACCCCGCUGGGAGAAUUAAAGAUACGUUUGUGUUUAUUUAUUUAUGAAACACAACUGUGAUAAUUAGAGCCAUUGAGGAAGAAGAGAGAGAGCGAGGAGAGAGAGAGAGAGGGGAGGGCGGAAGGAAGACACGCAAGCCGACUCAAAGCGAGACGACAACUACGCGUGAGCCGACGCUGGGUGCCCGGGGCAUGCAGCUGCCCUGUGGCGCCGCUCCACUCGAGGCGUGCGUAACGGGCGUCGCGCCGGACAGGCGCUGUGGACGAGCGGGAGACCAGCUGGCGGCGAGGAUGCGGGAGGGCAGACCUCCACUCUUGCCCUUGCACCUCUUGUCCUGGUCUCUCGUCCUCCUCUGCCUCGCUGCACGUGGGCACUCGCACCCGCAGCCCUGCCGCAUUCUCAAGCAGAUUCGCAGCACCGUCCGCCUCGCAGUGGUUCUGCCCUCCUCCUCCUCCUCCGCCACGCUGCCCUCCUCCUCCUCCUCCUCCUCGGCGCACUCCACGCUGCCCUCGCCGGCCACUCAGAGCCGCUCGCUGGACGCCGAGAGGGCCGUUUGGGCGGCCGCAAGUGAUAUCAACGCGCGGGGCCUCCUGCCGUAUAACAUCACGUUGGACGUUCAGACGGCCGGCGGGCUGGGCCAGGGCCAUGAUCCGCAGACGCUGAUGCAGGAGCUAUGCCACGGCGUGGUGGUGCACGGCGUGGCGGCGGUGCUGGCCUUCACCGAGUCGCCGCGGCGGUUCCUGCAGUUGGAGAUGAUGUCUGCCGCCCUCCAAAUCCCCUUCAUCAGCAUCAGCGACCAGGACUACAGCGCCCUGGCGCAGGAUUCCAACCGCCUGCUGCUGAGCUUCAGGACCCACCGGAGGACCUUCAUGGACGUGCUCGUCGAGCUGCUGGAGAUGCGCGGCUGGAGCGACGUGAGCCUCGUGGUGUGCAACGGCGACGUCCACUGGCACGUCUACGAGCAGUUCCUCAGCCACAUCUACGUCAACUCCACCUUCGACAUCCAGACGGUGCUCAAUGUCAACCCGGCCGUGGGCCACCACGGCCUGGCGGAGCAGCUGCGCACCCUGAGGGGCGCGUCGGACACCAUCGUCAUGUUCGGCUGCGAGGUCGCCGAAGCCGGGGCCGUGUUCCGCGCCGCCGCCACCGCUCGCCUCCUCGCGCCCGCCUACCAGUGGGUGCUGGGCGACCCGCAGGACAUCGAGGGCCUCCGCAGGGAGGAGUUCCCCCUCGGGCUGUUGGCGUUUGGCCGGACGCGCGACCCGAACCUCUCCAACUACCUGGUGGACUCGUUCGAGCUGGUGGCGCGCGCCAUCCGGACGGCCGUCAUGGUACGGCCAGACCUCACACUCGUGCCCACGGUCACGAACUGCUUCGACCUGGACACGACGUCGGAGACGUCGGGACAGUACCUCUUCAGGUUCAUCACCAACACGAGCUUCGAGGGCAUCUCGGGGUGGAUCGAAGUGCAGAACGCGUCGAGGAUCACCGCGACGGCGCGCCACAACAUCUGGCACCUCCAGCACGACCUGCUGGGCAUUCCCACGUGGACCAAGGUCGGCUCGUGGGACUCCUCCGAGAUCACCAUCGAGCCGAGCCUGUGGCCGGACUCGAGGGAGCGCGCUCGCAAGGGCCCGGGGGGCCCCGCCCGGCCCCGCCUGCGCGUGGCCGCGCUUGCCCACCCGCCGCUCGUCUCCACCGCCGACGCCGCAGACGAGGGGCGGUGCGCGACGGGACGGCCCUGCCUCGAGGCCCUCGCCGGCGGGGGGGGCGGCGGCGGCAGCGGCGGCGGCGGCCGCGGCCGCCGUCGAGUCGCUGGGGCCGCGUUCCGCGAGCUCCGCUUGGGCAACGGCAGCGUCGCGACGCCGGCCGGCGACGGCCGCCCCGGCCACGGCGAGGGUCGCUACCGCAUCCGCUGCUGCUCGGGCUACGCCGUCGACCUCCUGGACAAGCUGUCCCUCGACCUGCGCUCGUUCGACCUCGACCUGUACGUAGGCGGCGGCGGCGACGACGUUGAGGAGGCGGCGGAGGCGGAGGCGGACGAUCGGGGCAGGGCCCGCUGGGCGUGGCCACUGAGCGAGCUGUCGAGCGGGGCGGCCGACCUGGCGGUGACGGCGCUGGGCGCCGGGGGGCCGCACGCCGCGCCGCCCCUCGAGUUCACGGCGCCGUUCCUCUCCAGCAGCCUCUCCAUCGCGGUGGCGCGGCGGCAGGAGGGGCGCCACCCGCUGGGGGCCUUCGCGCUGCCGCUCCACUGGACCGUGUGGGUGGGCGUCUUCGUCGCGCUGCACGCCAUCGCGCUCUUCCUCACGCUCUUCGAGUGCAGGACUCCGCGCGCCGACGGCGAGGCGCCGGUUGGCACCUCGGGUUCGGCGGCGGCCGCGGCGGGGACGCCGGCCAAGGCCCGGGGCUCCUUCUCGCUCGCGGCGGCCCUCGGCCUCUGUUACUCGGUGCUGUUUGGCCGCAACGUGGCGAGGGGGGCCCCGCGGUGCUGGUCCAGCCGCUUCCUCGUGGGCCUCUGGGCAAUGUUCUGCCUCCUGUGCUUCUGCAUCUACACGGCCAACCUGGCCGCGAUGUUGGUGGGAGGGAGGUCACGCGACGAGCUCACGGGGAUUCACGACCCCAAGCUGCAGCAUCCGUCGCACGGCCUGCGCUGCGGGACGGUGCGGGGAAGCGGCGCCGAGAGCUACGUGGCGAGGGUCUUCCCGGAGAUCCACGAGCACAUGCGCCAGCACAACGUGCCUUCCGCUUCGCAGGGCAUUGCCCGCCUCAGGAGUGGUCUGCUGGACGCCUUUAUAAUGGACAAAGCGCUGCUGGAUUACGAGGUCUCGGUUGAUCCCGACUGCCAGCUGCUGCAGGUGGGCAAGCCCUUCGCCAUGGAAGAAUACGGGAUCGGACUGAGAAAGGGAUCUGGGCUGACGGCCAACAUCUCGGACCUGAUUCAAACGUACAGGCUCAACGGGGACCUAGGCGCCCUGCACGACAAGUGGUACAAGCCGGGUCCCUGUGGGCAACACGGACUCAAAUCAAAGGACAGCCAGCACAUGGGACUGAAGCAUUUGCUGGGACUCUUCAUUUUCCUGUGCGUCGGGGCGGCCGCAGCCCUGCUAACAGCGGUCGUCGAGCAGCUGAUGCAUCGCUUCGGCCUCCAGAGGCAGAGGCGAGCAUCUGGCAAGUCCAUGUCGGGGCACUACACCAGCCAGAGCUUCCACGUGACGCUCGACUCCCCCGAGGCCAAGACGCCACAGACCCAGCUGCAUCAAAACACCGAGAUGAACAACAGCAGUGGCGAUGUCCCCACAAACGCAAACGGACGUGCGUUUCUCCGCGACAGGACCGUGUACCGUGACCUGACCCUCAUCCCCGACAGCGCUGAGUUCGACUCCGACGCCCUGCAGCGGACCUUUCCACGCCGCUCCAGCAAGCAGCAGCAACAGCAGCAUCAGCUGCAGCAGCAUCAGCAGCAGCUGCAGCGCCACGCGUACCGCGAGACCCUCCUCGCCAACGCGUCCGCCCCUCGCCGGGCGGCCGCCCUCGGCCACGGCCGCUACGCUGGCUCCAAGGCGUCGUGGGGCCAUCGGCUGUCAGCGCCCAAGCGGAACCCGGCGGUCGCUUCUGCGACGGGGCCGUCCGUGGCCGCGGCGGCCCAGUCGCCAGAGUUGGGUUCGCCGGCGGCGAUCGCUUCGUCCGCGAGCGCCACUCCAGUUGCGUUUCAGCAGCAGCAGCAUCAGCGGCAGAGACAGGGCUUCCUGCCGGCCGACGGACACGUGUCGGUGCUGCGCGAGCUGUCGGAGCUCGACUGCGAGAUCGAGCAGAUCAAGGAGCAGCUGCGGCGCGUCACGACGCGGAGGGAGGAGCUCGUGUUGCUGAUGGACCAGCUCAACAACUCCAAACUCUGAGCGCGGCUCAUACCCGCGCGGUCACACGCUGCUCGAGCCGAUGCUGCUGUUGCUGCUGCUGCUGGUGGUGGUGGUGGUCGCCGGACGUAUCGAGACUCUGGACCCAGUAGGGAGCCCUCCGAUUGUUUUUUUUUGGGUUGUCCGAUGUUUUUUCUGCGAACGUUCCGGAAGGGCGGGGAGCUUCUUCGGGAACCGAGAGGAAGCAUGUCCCGCUGUUUGGCACGACGCCCGACGCAUCUCGCUCUGCCCGCAGAGUUGCCAAAGCGCCCGGUUCCUGAACAAGGUCCCGGCACGUGUGGAGCGAAACGUCGGACGUCGCGCCGAUCAGCGCGCGGUACGACACCGAAGGCGCAUCGAGAGAGAUGCGCAGCACAACCGCGAAAAGCCACGCAGCAGUGUAACGGACUUUGUGAUUUAUAACUCACGCUAGCUAUUUGUCUCGGGACGAUGAAGCAAAGGCUUUUUUUGGGGAAGUUACGCUGAAGUCUCUCAGAUGGAACCCGGGAAUAGCAAUUUGCUUCGCUAGAAGAAGAAAAACAAUUGAUAAAAGAAGAGCGAUUUAAAAAAAAAUCUGAAACCUCCCGAAGCUUUUUGAGCACUUUAUUUUAAGAAACGCUGUGGAAUUAAUUUGAAUGUUCUUGUUAAUAAGGUGGGGGAUACACGCAUUGGCUGAAUAGUACUAUACCGUGCAUUCUGUAUGCAAAGGAUUUCAAGUAAAAAUGUGCCCAACAGAUUGGAGUUCAUGCCGAGCAGGUGCAGAUGACUUAAAUAUGUUAGAAGGGAAAUGCUUUAGCAUGCAACAGGCAACACACACCAAGUCUGGUAAAUAAUUAAAAAAAGAUAGCUUUAAGCAAUCUUAAAAGAAGAAAAAAAAGCCAUUGCUGCACUCGCCUGGAUAACGUUGCAAUUAAGGCAGGGUUGGAGGAUUUACACAAAUAUUAUCAUGUGCUGUUUUUUUUUUCAAAUGGAAUUCGUGAACAAAAAAUAUGGGCGUGUUGAUAACUGCAUGUCGAGCUUGGAGAAGCCAUUUCGAUGGCGCCCCGGGGGGCUACCCGGCCUAUUGCAUUUUGCAUCCCCUGCAAAUGCGCCCGUCGGGGGCCAAUGAUCGGUUGCAGUGCAACGGUUAGCGCACGCGUCGCACUGCGGACCAGGCCACCCGAGUUUGAUUCCAGCUCACGGCCAACACCAGUGGCGAUUAUCUGAAUCGGUCCUUGGCCUCCGCCUAGGUUGACACCCAGCCUCAAAUGAGCACUUGGUUGCAGGUGUGUGGACAUCACCACUGGGGAGGCAAACGCGACCGGGCGUGGAACUGGCCACCGACCCUCUCCUGUGACGUGCCGGCCUUCAUAGGUGCUACUUGCCCCGACAGUCCGUGGUGUGAGCGGUGGACUUUGCUUCACCGCGGUAACAAUUAGAACUCGCAUAGACCCCCACAGAGAGAUAUACGUGCUCACAUAGAGAGCCCGUAGUCUCGCACAAUUCGUCGCUCGCCACGCGGAAUAAUUUCAACUUGUGACGCACCGCAAACUAUUCGCUCGCUCUCGAAGAGGGAGAGAGAGAAAAUAACUCGGAGGCACGUAAAAGCACAGACAAGCAGAAAGGCAGCAAAGCUGUGAGCUGGUGCCAACUAUUACCCGAGCUCUGCAGGCCUCUGUAUUGUAAGGUGUUAUAGGCCAAUUAAUGAGUGUUUGUAUGUAUUAUUUUGAACUUCUUUCACUCGUAAGUAGUCGACCGUGCUAAUCAGAGAUGCGCGGGAAAAAAACAACAAACUAAACACAAAAAGCAGCUCUAAAGAAA